ACAGUACGCCCGAAUAACAUUUAAUUUAAUUUUACAACACAUUUACUCAUUUAUAGGAAGCUGUUUUAGCACCUCCUCCCACUUUCUCUUACUAUGAUGGUCCGAGCGAGGAGAGCUCUCUGCAUAGAGGAAAUACAACUAUUUAUAUUUUUACCGGAUUUCUGACUUGGUAUGAAUUUCAGAGCAGGAUCUAUAUACUGCAGAGUUGGUUACACAGACUGUAAAUGGUUUAUGGCAGUGUAUUUGAAUGUCCAGGAGGACCACCCGAGGACUUCUCUCUGAGCAAAGUUCUUUGAAGGGUUCUUGGGAUAAGCAGUUAAGCCACCAUGUCACUCACAGAUCAUCGUAAGAUUUUUGUUGAACAGCAAAUGUCACACAAAUUCAAAGUGAAGGUGUUGAGAGCUGAAAAUGUAACAAAAGGACCUUUCGGAGACCUGUUGGACACUCCAGAUCCAUAUGUGGAGCUCUUCAUCCCCACUUCUCCUGAGAGCAGGAAGAAAACAAAACAUAUCGACAAUGACAUCAAUCCAGAGUGGAAUGAGACCUUUGAAUUCAUCCUGGACCCCAACCAAGAAAAUGUGCUGGAGCUGACAUUAAUGGAUGCCAACUAUGUUGUGGAUGAAACAUUGGGUAUAGCCUCAUAUGCCAUCUCUAAACUCAAAGUUGGACAAACAGAAGUGGUAUCAUUCCUUAUAGGAAAAAUGACAAAUGUGUACUGUCAGCUUUCUUUGGAGGAGUGCUCAGCAAUGGACCUUCGAUUUAGUCUGGAUCUGUGCCAUAAAGAAAAACUGUACAGACAACAACGGUGUGACAGAGUCAUGCUGAGUAUCAAGAAACUGCUACACAUGGAGAAACCUUCCAUCCUCCCUUCUUCUGCCCAUGAGGUUCCAGUUAUAGCUGUACUUGGGUCUGGAGGAGGUUUCAGGGCGAUGGUUGGAUUCUCAGGGGUUAUGAAGGCUUUGUACGAUUCUGGAGUUCUGGACUGUGUCACCUAUGUUGCUGGACUUUCUGGAUCCACUUGGUACAUGUCCACACUGUACUCCCACCCAGAAUUCCCCACCAAAGGGCCGGAGCAGAUCAACAGUGAGCUGAUGAAUCGUGUCAACAGUAAUCCUCUCAAACUGCUUCUUCCCCAACACAUCACUAACUACGUACAUGCUUUGUGGAGCAAGAAGUCCACAGGACAGCCUGUUACCUUCACAGAUAUCUUCGGGAUGUUGAUCGGAGAGACGCUUAUUCCUGCUAGGAUGGAAAAGAAGUUGAGUGAUUUUCAGGAGAAGAUCAAUGAAGGCCAGGCUCCUCUGCCCUUGUUCACAUGCCUGCAUGUUAAACCAGAUGUGUCUGAGCUUAAGUUUGCAGAUUGGGUGGAGUUCAGUCCAUAUGAGAUCGGAAUGGCUAAAUAUGGCACCUUCAUGACACCUGACCUGUUUGGAAGCAAGUUUUUUAGAGGACAUGUGGUCAAGAAGCACAACGAGAACCCUCUUCACUUCCUUAUGGGUGUGUGGGGCAGCGCCUUUUCCAUUCUCUUCAAUAGAGUUCUGGGAAUGAAUGAUGUGACAAAAGGAUGCACCAUGGAGGAAGAACUAGAACACAUCAGACCAGAACACAUUUUAGGGGAGGACAGUCUAGACAGUGAUGAGGACCCACGUAAAGAAGAAGAGCAACAGGCCAGCUGGAUGCAGCGUAUGGUGAGCUCUUUCUUCAGUGACUCUGUUCUUUUUAAAACCCGAGAAGGAAGAGCGGGGAAAGUUCACAACUUUAUGCUGGGCUUAAACCUCAACAACGACGUGCCAUUUUCCCCAUUCACCAGUACUUUUAGCUAUAUGGACGAUGAGGUUGACGCUGUCACAGACCCCUUUGAGUUUGAUCGCAUCUACGAGCCGUUAGACGUGAAGAGCAGAAAAAUCCAUGUGGUGGACAGUGGCUUGACCUUUAACCUCCCUUUUCCCUUGAUCUUGAGACCUCAAAGGGGCAUCGACCUCAUCAUUUCCUUUGACUUCUCUGCUCGGCCAAGUGACUCUAGUCCUCCAUUUAAGGAACUCCUGCUGGCCGAGAAAUGGGCACGAAUGAAUAAUCUACCGUUUCCUAAGAUCGACCCUAAGGUGUUUGAUCGGGAAGGUCUAAAAGAGUGUUACGUCUUCAAACCCAACAAAGGAGAAAGGAACUGCCCUACUGUCAUCCAUUUUGUCCUGGUCAAUAUCGACUUUAGGACGUUCAAAGCUCCAGGAGUUCCACGUGAGACGGACAAAGAGAGAGAAUUAGCAGAUUUUGAUAUUUUUGAUGAUCCAGAGUCGCCCUACUCCACUUUCAACUUCCAAUAUUCAAACCAAGCCUUCACCCAACUGCAUGAUCUUAUGGAAUUCAACACGCUUAACAAUAUUGAGGUCAUCAAAGAAGCAAUAAAGGACAGUAUCUUGUACAGGAAGGAAAUUUCUUCUCGUUGCUCUGUCGCGCUUCCCCUCAGUAAAGUUCUAAACAAAAAACACCAAAAGAGGGACUCCACGGGACAAGCGUGCCAGUACGGGGGUGGAAUAUGAUGCUGUUCCAGCUACAGGAAGUUUACACUCAUCAUGGAAAACACUUUUUAACUAAAAAUACCAGAAGAUCUGGUUUGGUCUUAAGGAGAGUCGCCAUGUAGCUCUUUUGAAGAUGACGAAUGCUCUAUUUACUUGUUUGCUGACAAAAAGGCUUAAAGAUUUCACAGUCUAAUUGUUCUCAGUGAGUUGUAAGGUUGUCUAAGUAACUCUAUAGGGUGUGUAAGGUGCCUAAAUUAAUUUCAGAGAAGAUCAUUUGUUACGUUCAAAACAUACAGUAAUGUGCAAAAGUCUUAGGCCACCACCACCAGACUUGUUUUUUUAGAAAUUUUAAUGUCCAUCUAUAUUUAUUCUUCAAUCUAUUUUAUUAAGAUACAAACAGAAAAUACAGGAAAUAUGCACAAAGAAAUGAAACAUUUAAUUUUCAGGACUAAUAUCUUCUUUAGGCAUCGUCUGUGUUUAGUGUGACCUCUCUUGGCACUAAACACAUCUUGAGCGUUUUUGAGCAGAAUGAAGUAAAAAGACAAAUUUAUUUUAAAUUAGAAAUUAGGAUUUAAUUUUAUUUAGGUUUAAAAGAUCCUGCAGUUUCCUGCUAUUGCUCAGGUGGAAGGGGAGUUUACCCUAAAAACUUGACACAUCAGUUAACAUUUUUAUACAGUUUUUAAUACUAUAUAAUACACAGUUUUUUCUGGAUGUAUUCUAUUAAAGAGACUUAUAUAUAUUAUAUAUGAUUACUAUAACAUUGCAAAAACAACUAAUCUAAUGCUGGCAUGGUGGCCUAAGACUUUUGCACAGUACUGUAUAUUAAAUGUUUUUAAGUUGCAUAUACACUGUAUGGUCUAGUUUGUUUCUUUUCUUCUUAAAGACUUUUCAAAGACAUUUGAUUGAAGCUUACGAAAUAAGGGAGUGCCUCAACAAAAAGACAACAUCCUGAGGGAUAUAACACGAGAUGAAACCUUGGCAACCCCAAACUCUUACACACGCUUCUCACAUUUGAACAGGUGCCCCCCCGCACACACUUCUGUUACGCUUUAGUUAUUUCUCACUGAGUCAUAAAUACUUUUUUAUCACUAUUUUCUAUAUUUGUAGGGGUGCAAAUAAAUAUUAGCUAAGUAAUCCUAAAGCAGCUUUUUGAAGGCGGAAUAAAAUGAAUCUUUUCUUCCAGGUUUAUAUAUCUGAUUUGAAUGCCUUUUAUUUGGGAUCCUGCUAAGCACAACUGACUUUCAACAUUUCUGUUUGCCUCACAAUUUUUGUGUGUGUAUAAACUAACAAAAUGUUAAGAUAAUGAAUCCUGUUAGGAUCAGAUUUUUAAAUGAUGUGAUUAUCUUGGGAUUUUGUAUGCAAUUUUGUGUUAUUUGUGUUUCGUAUUUAGAAUUAAAUAUUUAUUACUACACAGUGUAACCACUAUGUUAAUAAAGUAUUACAUUUUAUUUAAAUUCAGCAUUUGUAAGAAAUGUUUACACAUCUUAGUUGAUGUUUGAGAAAUAAAUCAGACUUAAACUGAGCUAAAUAUAUCAAACUGAGUUACUGUCCUUUAUAUGGCUUUUUUUUCUCAUGCUCCUCGAGCGCUCAUGCUACUUGAGGUUUUGAGAGGCUUCUUAAGUUUUGGGAAAUCCUGACCUACAUGUGGAUGUGCUUUCAGUUGAAUGAUUCAAAAUACUUAAGCAGAUGCACAUUCUCCCCACUGAUCUAUAAAUAUUUUGAGUUAAAGGGUAAAAAAAAAAAUCAUAACCAAACAUUUUGGUCAUUUCGGUCAAAGUGAUUAAAGCAUUAUGAACAAUUUUCUUAGAAGGUUUUAAGGAAAUAAUGAUUUUUGAGAACCAUUAGUAAUCCUAAAGCUAUUUAAUGAAUAAGAGCCAAAAAAAGUGAGCGGAUCUAUUAUAAAUACCAAUGGCACAGGUUGUCCUAAACUCGUUAAACUUUGGUCUAUGAACAGACAGGUGUGUCAGAUUAAGACCAAUUACUGUCUUUACUUGUUGAAGCGUGUACUCUAUAUAUCAUUAUUUUCCUAUUAAAUACAAUUAAAUCAUCAAUUGUUGUAUAUGGGUGCAUUAGCCAUGUCUAACUGUGAUUACGUUUAUUAUAACAUGGCCAGAUCCUCUUGAAAACCUAUAUUCUUGCAGAUAUUCCCUAUACACUGUGUCAGCAACAGGUUGUGGGUUUAAAUCCCAGGGAACACACA